AUGGCCAGCAAUGGCUUCCACAAGUUCUCGCAUGGUCAUCAGGACCUUCUCCUGGCUGUAAGCUACAACUUCUAUGGCACUCGCAUGGCCACAGCCUCCGCAGAUCACAAAGUAAAAGUGUGGGAUCGGAACGAAAAGACAGGCCAAUGGGUGGUGACUGAUGUAUGGACCGCCCACGAUGCUGAAGUUACAGAUGUCAGGUGGAACGGUCCAUUUGUAGGCGAGCAUCUGGCCACCAUUGGCGAGGAUGGCUUACUCAAGAUUUGGCAAGAAGACGUCAACGAAGCCCCCAACUCUGGCAAAAGAUUCAAGAAGAUCUGCCAGAGGACCUCAGAGCACGGAGUACCGUUUAUGUGCCUAGACUUCAAGAACAUCGGCACAGAGACAUAUCUCGCCGUCAUAACCCGCGAUGGCUACCUGACCGUCUUCGAACCAGCAGACCACGACGACCUUUCAGCAUGGCGAGUCAUGUGGUCCGACUACCUCACCAAAACACCACCACGGACCGAAGAAACCGCCUUCCGCCUAAGCUGGCACAAGGAGAAAAUCCCCGCCUGGACAGCAGUACUCUCCGGCCUAGACCGCAAAAGCCUCAGCCUCGCAGUCGCCAUCGGCACCUCAGUCAAAGUCUUCCGCACCGACAAAGACCGCAAAUUCUACACCGCCGCGACCCUAGACGGCGCCAGCGCCCUCGUCCGCGACGUCAACUGGGCCAACGGCAGCAUGCGCGGCUUCGACACCAUCGCCACAGCAAGUAAAGACGGCCACGUCAGAAUCUACGAACUGCACACUCCUGGCGCCUCAUCCCUCACCACCAGCCUCAACGGCUCAACAGCCGAACCCACCGCAUCACAAGAACACUCCCCCGCUACACGGCCAGCCUUAUCAGGGAUCGGUGCAGGACUCGCGAGUGGAGCGCGAGGCAAGCGGGAUGACAGGACGGGAGGUCCGGGCGCUGUCAAGCAGGAUGUGAAGCUUGUGGCGGAGCUUGACGCAGACAAGCUUACCCCAUGGCGGGUGACGUGGUCACCGAAUGCGGACAUUUUGCUGGCGGCGGGAGAUGAUGGGACGGCGAGGAUGUGGAAGAAGUCGGUUGAGGGGAAGUGGUUGGAGGCUGCGGAGAUUGAUGCGUUGGCGGGCUCGUGA